UUAUGCAACAUGGCACCAAUAGUAGAAGGACACCUCAUACCAUCGUCAUCUUACCAGAGAAAUAUAUAAAGGAAUGCCCAAAAAAUAAAAAAAAUUAACAAUUCAUUAUGCAUCCAGCUAUUCGACAUUUCUUCAAGCGUUCUUUCAGUCAUCCAGAAGUUGUACCUUUAAUGAUCAUUGUAGGCUCAGCAUUAACAGCAGCUACAUAUUCUGGUUAUCGACAACUUCAUUCACCUGGUCUUCGUACAAAUUUCCAUCAGACAUCACUUCCUAAUUGGAAUCCUGUGAAUGAUCGUGAUCGCGUUAGAUUCCAUCAUAUUCAUUAGGAUUUACUUGUAAAAAUGUCAUGUCUGUCAAGACCUGGG